AUGGCUGGUCGUACAUGCUGGCAGCCGCGACGGUACUUGAGGCUGAUGGUGUCUGCUCUGGUCUGUUUUGCUUUCCUGGCUCAGGUUUCGGUUCUCAAUACGGCGACGACGGCGACAGCGACAGCGACGCUUUCCGAUCAGAAUGCAACGGCUCGAUAUGCUACGAGGCAGCAUGAUGGACGCAAUGUCGACGUGCACAACCAAGUCGCUGCGGUCAACGCAGGACAUGGGGUUCAAGAUUGGAAAACGCUCGCCGAACAUGGCCUCGAAACACUCUCACCAAGCCCACACAUCGACCACGAUGAACUACCUACCCUCCUUACCAAGCAAGGGCGAGAAGCUCCUCUGCGCACUCAAAGACCCCUCUCAUGCCGGAGCGGCGGCGACAUCUGGAAUAGCAUCGAGCAGUUGAGUGAAUGGGGCUGGGUGAGGGAUGUGGAUGAGAGGGAUGACGAGAAGGAUUAUUCUCACGUUGUGAAGGCGUGUCCUGGAUUGGAACAGAUUCUGGGGACGGACCUGACAGGCGGCAAGCAGAGGACGUGGGUUCACUCUCAGAGAGUUGAGAGGGAGGGUGUUACUUACUUUGCCACGGGAGGCGUCUACACGAACGUCUACUGGCCCUCGCAAGGCAUCCUCAUGGCCAACGACAACUACUCCCCCGCCUACCAAUCCUCGCAAGGCAAAGGCGAAAAAGUCCCCUUCAAAGACGAGAAAGGCACACCCCUCCCCCUCCCCGCCCUAAAACAAUGGUCCACCAUCAACGCCCUAACCUACGCCUCCCCACCCACCCCACGCUCCCCGCUCCGCUUCAUCCUCCGCCGCAACAUCCAGAACCCCGCGACUAAAGACCUCAUCUCUACCGUUCUCAAGAAGAACAAAGCGGAUGAUGGAGGGCUGCCGCCGCUUUGGCCGGGUGUGGUGUUGACGGAGGGGGAUAGUGGGUUUGCGGCGCUUGUGGCGAGUCCGAACCUGGGGGGUGUGGUUUGGUUGUUGAUUCAGCAUGGGGAUGGGGUGGGAGCGAGGGAUAUUCGGAGUGUGAGGGUUUGGAGGGAUGGGGGUGCGCAGUAUGCGCCGACUUUGAUGGUUGAGGUUGGGGGUUGA